AUGAACUGCUGCUCCCAGUGUGUGUCGAGUGGUGGAGUGCGCGGCACUCAAGCCGCCCCUUGCGGGCCACGGAGAGUGGCAGCCCACCCACGGUCCGCUGCUACGGCAGCCCGCGGAGGGCAGCCGCCCACUUUAAGCGCGGCGCCGGCUGGCGCUGCGGCUGCGGCGCAGUGUUUAUUAUUUGUGCGCGUCCCGUCGGCCUCCACGCCACCCCCACCCCGACCCCCACCCACAGCUCCAGCAGCGCCGCCUCGGCUGACAGCGGCCGCCGCCCUCUCGUCUGCAAAUUGUCCCGCGCGGCGCCGCGCCCUGCCACCGGUGCAGCGCGGCACAACACGGCGGGCCGUGCAGGCUGCGUGCUGCGGGCUGCGGGAUCCCCCAGACACCUGUCACCCGUCCCAGCGGGACAAUUACUUCCAGCCGUCGUCCCGCACCCUAACACCCAGCACGUCUCCACUGCGCCGCUGGAGUGAUGCACCUGUAGGAGACUACGUUCCGCCAGCCUCCUGA